UCUAGGCCCAUCCCCUUAGCCACCACAAAUUCAUUCCUUUCACAGGAAAAAGGAAAAAGAGUUCCAUCCAUGUAUAUAAACCUUCAGCAUACCUGAUCCUCCCCCAUUAUUUUCAACGACAAAACCCCUUCCCGCCAAAACCAACAGAAUCACUCUCUCUCUCUCUCUCUAAGGAAAUCAAUGGCUCCAAUUAUUCACCUCAUGAUCAUCACGCUCUCUCUCCUCCUGUCCACUGUAACAACAACCGCAACCGUCACUAACCAAGAACUUGAAGCAGCAUUAUUCACACUCCGAUCGCAAGGCUACACACUCUUCCCUAACGCCAUAGCCACAUCCGAUCUCCGCCCGCUUCUCCUCUCUCUAAAUUCCACUUUUACCCUUUUCUCGCCGCCAGACCCGCUCCUCUUCUCUCUCGACCUCUCCUCCCCCGCUUCUCACUACGUCCACUCCCUCCUCCGCCACGUCUCUCCUUUACGCCUCUCCAUGUCGCAACUCCGCAGCAUUAGAGGACUCCCUCCUUAUUAUCUCGAUACUCUCGUCCCUCGACACCGCCUUUCUAUUGACACGUCUCUUGUUCUUGGAAACGGUACUGUUUUGGAGACUGUUCUAGUCGACGGUGUUAGGGUUUCUGUUCCUGAUCUUUUUCUUAGCUCUUCUAUUGCUGUUCAUGGACUUGAAGGAAUUCUUGUUUCUUCUUUUGGAUCCAAUAUUGAGGUAGAGGCACGUGCUGGUGAUCCUCCGCUUUUGUCACCUGGUGGGUGGUCUGUCGAGAGUUCACCGGCGAGUUCUCCGUCGCCAAGGUCGGAUACGUGGACAAAGAAGAGGGUUUGGGAUUAUGAGGGUAAUCUUGGAAAGAAAAUCAAGAUUGGACACAGCAAGUUUACUAAAUUCACUCGUACGUAGAUAUGAUAGGCAGGGCCCAUAUUAAUUCUUUUUUUUUUUUUUUUUAAAGAAAAAUUGAGUAAGGCUCUGUUUGUAUGCUGAGAAAAUGUAUGUACAGAGAAAGACCUUCUCAGACUUUCUCAGGAAUCAAACAGAGCUUGUGUAAAUCUUCAUUUUUUCUUGAAUGUUGAAUGAUAUGCUGUCA